UUGUCCGAUUGUGACUGUGAUGACAGACAAAUCAUGUAUUGCUUAUCAUUGCAAUAUAACUGUUCAUUCUUCCCGUUUAUUUUCAAGGCAUGAACGAGUAGUGAAUCAAUUAAUGGGAGCCUUACAUUUGCAAGGCAGGCAAAACCACAUAGAGAAAAAUGACUGGGUCGGAUAAACGGAGAUGCGUUCUCAUACAUGUGCCGUGUCGUCCCGAAGGUCACGUUUUCGAAGUGCAGUAAAUGACAAUGCGGAAAAAACUGGAAGAAUGCUGAAUACUUAAUGCCAAUCGUCUUGUGACUUUUCGCAAGCGAAUAGCAAAGGGCUGCGAAAUACAGUCAAAUGUCGGGUUCGUCUUCUCCUUGGUGGCAGAAACAAAGAUCACCUCAGACAGAGAGUUUGCUGAUAUCUCGAUCACCACAUAAUUGUCGGAUCGACUUGCUCACCUGUAAGCCGUUUGGUUUACAAGCGCAGCCCUUAUUAGGAGUGGUUGACGCCAGUGGCAUUCUGCUAUGAACGCUGCAAGCGAACGGCCGUGACUUGCAAGUUGCAGGCGAGGCCCGGGGAUUAUUUUCAGGUUUGAAAUUUACAUUGUCACCCUAAGCACAUUUGGUACGCGUAUGGUACGAUUCGUCGCCCGACGUGAACAGUAUUAAUUCGGUCAUAUCAUCUUAGAACUUCCAGGAUAUUAAGAGCAAAGAGAAUUAUAUUCGAGCGAUUAGCCAUAGCAGAGUUUACCGAGGCCAUCUUGAUAACAGAACUCUGUCGAAGCUAGUUUUCACGUCUUGACUUCUAUUUAGCCUGGUAAAGAAAUGCUGAACUAAAAAAGUUGGCCUAGUGGAUUAAACUAAAGAUACUUCUCUGGUAGAAGUAUCGCCGACUGAGUAAAUUUUUGUGAUUGUUUGGUCUGUUGUACACAGUUUUGGUACUAUUUCCUAUCUGGCUAAAGUUACUCUGAAAAAGAUAUUUUUAUAAGUGCAAAAACCACUGAUAUUAACUGAAUUCGUUUUCAAGUUAGCGAGGAUCACUGGGCCAAUUUCAAGCGUUGUUGGCCCUUCUUGUUUGUAUCCGUCAAAUUCAAUAUUUUCAUUCAAAUGAAAAAAUUUUAUUCAAAACAAAUGAAGAAGACUUUGCAGACUGGACUGUAAAUGGCCCCAUCAUAGCAGUCUGAACACUGGUAGUUUUACUAAUGACAGAAAACGCAAUACCUCUCAACAUCUCCCUAGGCACUUGUAUUGUUCUGCUUUGAAACGGUAAGCAGCAGCAUUCUGAUUUUUGUGCAAUUCAUGGGAAAUUCAAACAUGCCAGCAGCUUUAAACAUGACUAUCAUAAUCAUAGAACAGGCGCUCUCGUGCCGCUCUAAGAUCUACAGCCAAAUGGCGCAUGCGGUUGCAAUGGAGAAUGAACUAAGAUCUUACUAAAAUUACUCGGAACACUUGCUAUCAAGGUAAGUAGUUAAGUAUGCAUGGAUCAUGGCAAGGUUGCGCUCAUUUAGCAUAAAAACGUCCUUGCUCCAACAAACUGGACGACGAGUUCUUGUUUUUACAUGGAUUUGAAAUAGGUGGACUACUUGAAUUGAAUGUAAACGUAACUGAAAUAACGUGAGUGCUUAAGCGCCGGAUGGAUUGAUUUGAGCGAAUAUACAAAUAUCUGACGACAUUUAUCUGACAAAUGCUAUAAACCUGUAUAAAAUCUGCAAGUAUUUCAAUGAAUACUGACUUGUUGGUUGAGAUUUAUCGUGGUUUUCCGUUAGUUAUGUAAUUGCAACCCUGUAUCUGUAGAGUUUCUCUUGAAAUGUUUUAUGCCGGGUCGGUCCUUUGAUCUGAUUUUGUGUGCCAGUAUAGUUCUGUUAUUAGCUGUCUUGCGCCGUUAAUUUGCCAAAAAAUUGAAUACCUAUUUUUGGCAGUGGUCAUACUUCCGUGCAGUACUUUCUGCUUGCAAGAAAUUUAGAAUGCCAUUUUUCGAUAUCCGCCAAAGUUGAUCACAGCUUGGCAAAACAACGGAAUGAUUCCAAGCCAACAGGUCUCCAGCCAUACCAGAAUUUGGGUCGAAUAAAAUGUUGAUGACAGGCCGAAGCCAAACGUUUGUAUGCUACUUCAGUUUAAAAGUCAAGGUCAGUUAUUACUUUAGCUAGUCGGGUACAUGCUGCGCGGUAAUCAAUUAAUUGCAAUGAGAGAACGGGGCAAUUGAGACUGAAAAAUAGCUAAUUGCAAUAAACAGUAGGGAGCAUUCCAACAGGAAACCGGGGCCAACAAGGUAUUGUAGUGGCGCUCUGGGUUACACUGGAUGCAACUAACCAUGGGAACAGAGUAGAAAGGCAUUUGCGUAAAUAAUGCAUUGAUUCACUAAGACAAAGCAAUAGACGAAGCGUCACACGGACCAAAUUCAUUCAUAUCAGAACAGGCUGAUGAAAUCUGCAUUAAGGCAACAUGAAAAAAUAGACUACCUGGAUUAUAAUAAAAAAUGGGCUUAUGAAGCAAUGGGAUAACUGUCGAAACAACUGGAGCACGAUAACUGCGACGUAACAACCGUUGGCGCACUGAUAUCGUUUGUAAACGUUGUCUCUACGUCGCACGCUAUCGUGCCACCUUACUCCGAAUACAUAUGGUCUAGGGGUAAUUUAUAAUAAAACCGAUCAGUGAGAAACAGAGCGACGAAAAAGAAAACGCAAUCCCCGGGGAAGUGGGUUAGGAUGCGGGCCACAGCAGGGGGUAUUAGAGCUAUAAUUUAUGUGUGAGUAUGGGUGACUUUACCGAAUCAGCUUUGUUAAAUCAAUUGCCAACUAGGCUUGACGCAAAACCUGCAAAUGAGUUCGUCGAAAAAAAUAUUAAUACGCUUCAAUAACAAUCUUAAAUGUUUACUUAAAUUCUGUUGCUAAUCAAAUAAAUUAUAAUAUUACAUUGCAUACGAUUUUAGUAUCCUUCUACGAGUAUUAUCAUUUCAGUAGAUCGGGCCUGAUUGGGCGAGUCCGUUUGAAGAUCGUUGGCUUCUUAUUCUCCCGCCACCACUAUAGUGAUAUAACGGACGCCUCCCCGUUCUUACUAAAGGCUCAAUGAGUCUCAACUCGAACUAUUCAUAAAGGUAAACGUGAAUCUUAAAAUUCUUCAUUGGAACUUAUGUGGUUUGGCAAAUACGAGACAAAUAAACUUUUGGUUUUUUUGUAUAACUGUUUUUACGCGCAUUCUCUAGGCUAGCUAUUUAUGAAACAUCUUUUUACAGGAUUCAUGGAGGAAUCGUGCUUGAUUUCUAUGUGAUACACUGAUAGAAAAUGUUUCAUUGACAAAAAUAUCAUUCUAACCUAGCGCGCUUGAGUAACCCAUGGCUAUGACGUAUGAAUAGAAUCGAGCGCUAAUUCGGCGCACAUUUCCUUAGUACCAGUCCGUGUAGUCGCUUUCCCAACCCUCCUCUCAGUGGCGCCAAAAACUAUAGAAAGGCGUCUGCUCCACAGUGAAAGACACCGUUCUAUACCACGCUGUACCUCGAAAACGCGUCUUAGAGAUUCUACGUCGCUUCUACGAAGUACAGUUGUAGCAGUUUUUAUCCGACCCAGGGAACACUUAGUAUUUUAAUGCAAGUGGCAGUAUGUCGAUCUUUGGAGAAAAGAAUAUGAACAUCAUUACAGAUGAGAAUAAGCCACUUGGAAAGAACUAUGGCGAUAGUAUCAAUAAAAUCGAAUCAACUGUAGCGGCCAAGGACAAAAAAGAUGCAGUCUUUGGGAUGGCGCGCAACAAAAAGAAUUACAACGAUUCGGAACCGUUGCUCCGGGAGAACCCCAAUCGUUUUGUGCUUUUUCCCAUUGAAUAUUCCGACAUUUGGCAAAUGUACAAAAAGGCACAGGCCUCUUUUUGGACCGCUGAGGAGGUCGAUUUGGGCAAGGACAUGUCUGACUGGAAGAACCGAAUGAAACCUCAGGAGCGAGAAUUCAUCAAACACAUUCUUGCGUUUUUUGCUGCUUCUGAUGGCAUUGUGAACGAGAAUCUUGUUGAGAGGUUUUCCCAAGAAGUACAAGUGCCCGAGGCGCGUUGUUUCUACGGUUUUCAGAUAAUGAUGGAAAAUAUUCAUUCAGAAAUGUAUUCUCUUCUGCUAAACACAUACAUCACCGAGUCCACGGAACGUGAUCGACUCUUCCGCGCAAUUGAGACAAUGCCAUGCAUUAAGAAGAAGGCUGAUUGGGCCUUAGAGUGGAUCGCUAACGAGGAGGCUGCGUACGGUGAGCGUGUUGUGGCAUUCGCUGCAGUCGAAGGCAUUUUUUUCAGCGGGGCGUUUGCCGCUAUUUUCUGGCUGAAAAAGCGAGGUAUCAUGCCUGGCCUCACCUUCAGCAAUGAGCUCAUCUCACGUGACGAAGGUAUGCACACAGACUUCGCCUGUCUGAUGUUCAAACACCUGAUCAACAAACCAAGCGAAGCGCGAAUCUAUCAAAUCAUUAAGGACGCUGUUGCCAUCGAACAAGAAUUUCUCACUGAAGCAUUACCUGUCGCUAUGUUGGGUAUGAACUGCGAUCUGAUGAAGAGAUACAUUGAGUUCGUUGCUGAUCGUCUGCUCAUCGAGCUCAACUGCCAGAAGCUAUGGAAGUCCACGAAUCCGUUCGACUUUAUGGAGCAAAUUUCCCUCGAAGGCAAAACGAAUUUCUUUGAAAAACGCGUUGGUGAAUACCAGAAAGCGGGUGUUAUGGCUAACAAAGAUGACCAGGUAUUCACACUAGACGCCGAUUUUUAAAUAGCGAAAAGCAUAUGCUAUUUUUUGUUGAUUCGUGCAUUGAUAUUCCAGAAUAAUAGUCGAUAUUCGAUUGGUUGUCACUCAUUUUAAGCAAAAACUGUGUCAUCCGGCAUAACUAAAUGCGUGCUCGUUCCUUUUAAAUAGCUAAUGCACAAAGUAAUUUUCAAGAAGUUCGGCAACUUAGGUUUGUAUUUAUUGCUUCACAAAAAACGUAUUUUGGAAUUCUGGCAACCUUAUUGACUAACUGAAAGGUUUGCUACAAUGUGGUUGUUAUGGAAGAGUGUUUAUUUGUCUACUGUAUUACUUGGAGCGGGUAAACGAUAAAUAUCAGUGUCAAACGCGUGCUCUGAUGUAUAUAUUUCUGGCAUACAAAUAAAUACAUAUUUUCUUUUUAA